UUCACAUAGCCAGUACUUGAUAAAAAUAGCUUCAGACACCACUGUUCAUACUCCGCACUUGCAACAGUCAUACGCUUACGUUUUAACUUCACAAUGGCUGGAUUUGCGGAUACACUCUAUGCGGCCAUACCGCCGAUUCCGACUCGGACCGUACUCACAUGUUUAGUAUGGUAUAUGGUGUCCUCAAUUACGUCUCAACUUUCAAAAGUAAUCUUGUUAAGAUCACCAUACCCAUUAUUUCUCAGCCUGUGUCAAUUCUUGAUUGGUGCUGCUCUAUCCUUUUUGUUGAUAGCCUUUUCUCAACACUUCCCAGCUAUUGCUGCACAAUAUCUUCCUCGUGGAAGUGUUCCAGUAGAUGCACCUGAACGGCCCAUAUUUACAAAGGGGAUGUUUUUACAAAUCCUCCCCUUGGGAGUUUUCCAGUUUGUGGGAAAGUUCUUUCUGUUGAAUGCCACAUCGUUGAUUUCUCUUGCAGCAGUCUCCAGUAUCAAGGCCCUUUCUCCUCUCAUGGUUGUUGCAGGUUAUCGGGUGUUUUAUGGGGUAAAGCUUCCACUGGUAACCUAUCUUCUGCUUACUCCGUUGGUCCUCGGGGUUGUUUUAAUGAUAGCUCUGGAUUCCAUUCAUAAGAGAUCUGCUGACCCAAUUGAUCAGGUAGACUUGGCCAAUACUAAUACAGAAGGUAAAGCUGACUCCUUAGAUUCUCGUUAUGAAUUGCAUGAAAUUGUUAGCCAGUUCAUAUAUUCACUUGAUUUUAACCAAAUCAAGGGAUUAACAUGCUGUCUUUUAAGUGCUGUGGUGUUUGCCGGUCAAAACAUCUACUCAAAACAAUUGGUAACUUGGGAUGCAACUCCAAACACACACCCAGCAUCUCUUGUACUUAGUACCACCAUUUCUAGACCAGGUACUCCAUUGGAAAAUGGCAAGAGUCCUUAUGAACUUCAGUUCAAUCACUCUCAACAACAAUUACAUGCCUCUUAUCCCUCUCAACCAUAUUACAACAGUCCCACAGAUAAAAAGAUGAGACAAAGAACUAAUUCAAUUAGAUUACCAUAUUCCUCGUCAGAUCUUCAAUUAGAUGAUAAGUUCCAAAAAGUUGAACUACAACAUAUGCCAUAUAGUCAAGCAGUUCAACAAAAUAAUCAAAUGUUAGGGACGAAAUCCGGGAAACCCGAUAAAAUGACGAUUAUCCUCUACAUUUCAAUCAUUGGGUUCAUAUGUUCCUUUGGUGGGUUUCUUACUAAUGAGUUACCUCAGAUUAGAAGAGGUUUCAAUUUGACUGAGAUUGAGCAAAUCUCAACAAAUGAUACUACUAUUUAUACUUCAACUGAAGCAAUUAGUGUGGUAAUUUUAGUAUUUCUUGAUUCAUUAUCCCAUUUUGCUCAAACAUUACUUGCAUUCCAUUUACUUGGACUGAUCCCAGCACUUUCAUAUUCAGUAGCUUCAAUGAUGAAAAGAAUUGUGCUCAUUACGGUUAGUAUCUUAUUGGCAAUUGGCGUUCAACAUGAUGCUACUAGUUCAUGGUUGGGUAGAAUUACAACUGAACAGGCUUUUGGGUUGAUUCUAAUUGCAUUCGGAUUGUAUUGUUACGAUAAAUGGGGGUCGACUGCUCUUAAGGGUCUGAGUAUGCAUAAAUAGAGAAGAAAAGUAGCAAAAAAUUUAUAGUUAAUAGGAAAAUUAUUCUAUAA